CUCUCGCUCGAAUCACUCACUCCAUAGCCAGCCAUCCUUCAAUUCGGACACGCUCGCGCGAUUACCAAUGGCAGAAAUCUGCACCGUGAACAGGAAGUCCCAGUCCUUCGUCAAGCCGGCCGCGCCAACGCCAACGCCUCAGACGCCGCCGCCGCUGCUGGAGCUGUCGGCCAUCGACCGCGUGCCCGGGCUGCGCCACACCGUGCGCUCUCUCCACGUCUUCCGCCCGCCGCCGCACGGCGACGGCGCCGCCUGCAGCAGGCCGGCCGAGGUGAUCCGCGCCGCGCUGGCCCGCGCGCUCGUGGAGUACCCCGCGUUCGCCGGGCGGCUCGUCGUCGGCGGCUCCGGCUCGGACUGCGGCGUGGCGUGCACCGGCGACGGAGCGUGGUUCGUUGAAGCGGCCGCCGGCUGUAACCUGGAGGACGUGAACGAGCUGGACUACCCUCUCGUGGUCUGCGAGGAGGAGCUGCUCCCCACCGCCCCUGAGGGAGAGCUGGAUCCUACAAGCAUUCCGGUCAUGAUGCAGGUGACCGAAUUCAGCUGCGGAGGAUUUGUGGUGGGCCUGGUAGCAGUCCACACCUUCGCAGACGGGCUCGGCGCGGCCCAAUUCAUCAACGCCAUCGCCGAAUUCGCCCGUGGCCUAAACAGGCCCACAGUGAAUCCCAUAUGGGCCCGAGCCACAAUCCCCAACCCGCCCAAAUUCCCUCCCGGCCCACCACCAUCCUUCCAAUCCUUCGGCUUCCAGCAUUUCGCCACGGACAUCCGUCCAGACCGCAUCGCCCACGCCAAAGCCGAGUACCUCAAGGCCACGGGCACCCACUGCUCGGCCUUCGACGUCGCCGUGGCCAAGGUCUGGCAGGCCCGAACCCGGGCCGUAAGGUACGGCCCAGAGGCCCAGGUGCAGGUCUGCUUCUUCGCCAACACGAGGCACCUUCUCGGAGAGCUUCUCCCCGAAGGUUUCUACGGCAACUGCUUCUUCCCGGUCACCGUGAAGGCCAGAGCUGGGGAUGUUGCCGGCAGCAAGGAUUUACUUGGUAUUAUCCGGAUGAUCAGGGACGGGAAGGCCAGGCUGCCUUUGGAGUUCGCCGAUUGGGCGUCAGGUUUAGGAGGAGGAGGGGCUGGGGAUAAGAUGAAGUUUGUGCAGGAUGAUCCUUAUGAGCUGAGGUUUGAGCAUAAUGUGUUGUUUGUGUCGGAUUGGACGAGGCUUGGGUUCUUGGAGGUGGACUAUGGCUGGGGCGUGCCUAGCCAUGUUAUACCUUUCAAUUAUGCGGACUACAUGGCGGUCGCGGUGCUCGGUGCUCCGCCGGCGCCGGUGAAGGGGACUCGGGUCAUGACGCAGUGCGUGGAGGAGAAGCAUCUUAAGGAGUUCAGGGAUGAGAUGGAAGGCUCCUUUUAGAGGGUGGUUUGUUGUUGUUGUUGUUGUUGUUGUUGUUGUUGUUUAGCGUGUGUGCGAGUGUGUUUGUGUCUGUGUUCGCCUCGAAUAAAUCUACCGUGGAAUAGCAUCGUUGAUCCUUUGCUGCUGAUCUGAAGAAAUACUCCAUGUGGUAUUGAGAAAAAGGAAUUUUUUUUAUUGAAAACUCAUAUUUUUUGCACA